AUGAACAGAUAUAUAGACACAGAAAAAUCAGACACAGAGAAAUCAGACACAGAGAAAUCAGAUACAAUGAACAGAUAUAUGGACACUGAGAAAUCAGACACAGAGAAAUCAGAUGCAAUGAACAGAUAUAUAGAUACAGAGAAAUCAGACACAGAGAAAUCAGAUGCAAUGAACAGAUAUAUAGACACAGAGAAAUCAGAUGCAAUGAACAGAUAUAUAGAUACAGAGAAAUCAGACACAGAGAAAUCAGAUACAGAGAAAUCAGACACAGAGAAAUCAGACACAGAGAAAUCAGACACAGAGACAUCAGACACAGAGAAAUCAGACACAGAGAAAUCAGACACAGAGAAAUCAGAUACAAUGAACAGAUAUAUGGACACUGAGAAAUCAGAUACAGAGAAAUCAGAUACAAUGAACAGAUAUAUAGAUACAGAGAAAUCAGCCACAGAGAAAUCAGAUGCAAUGAACAGAUAUAUAGAUACAGAGAAAUCAGACACAGAGAAAUCAGAUGCAAUGAACAGAUAUAUAGAUACAGAGAAAUCAGACACAGAGAAAUCAGAUACAGAGAAAUCAGACACAGAGAAAUCAGACACAGAGAAAUCAGAUACAGAGAAAUCAGACACAGAGAAAUCAGAUACAAUGAACAGAUAUAUAGAUACAGAGAAAUCAGACACAGAGAAAUCAGAUGCAAUGAACAGAUAUAUGAACACUGGAAAAUUGCUGAAGUAG